UCGAGCCCUCUCCCUUGGUAGGGAGGCGGGGGAGGGGAGCUGUGUUUAUAUAGAGCAGGUCAGCGGCCCCUGCCCUCUCUGAGGCGCCCGAGCAGGGGCUGCAGCAUCCCGUUGACAGGGCGCGGCGACAUGGAGCCACCCGCCGCUUUCUCCGGCUUCCCGGCCCCGCCCUUGGUCGUGCCGUCGGGGCCGCCGCCGUCCCCGCUCGCCGGAGCUGAGCCAGGGCCGGAGCCCGAGGAGGCGGCCGCGGGCCGCGGGGAGCCGGAGCCCGCGCCCGCGCCAGGCCCCGGACGGCGGCGGCGGCGGCCCCUGCAGCGCGGGAAGCCUCCCUACUCGUACAUCGCGCUCAUCGCUAUGGCGCUGGCGCACGCCCCGGGCCGCCGCCUCACGCUGGCCGCCAUCUACCGCUUCAUCACCGAGCGCUUCGCCUUCUACCGCGACAGCCCGCGCAAGUGGCAGAACAGCAUCCGCCACAACCUCACGCUCAACGACUGCUUCGUCAAGGUGCCCCGCGAGCCGGGCAACCCGGGCAAGGGCAACUACUGGACGCUCGACCCGGCGGCCGCCGACAUGUUCGACAACGGCAGCUUCCUGCGGCGCCGCAAGCGCUUCAAGCGUGCCGAGCUGCCCGCGCUCCCGGCCGCGCCGCCCGGGCCCGCCGCCGGCCCGCUGUCCUUCCCCUACGCGCCCUACGCGCCCGGCCCCGGGCUGCUCGCGCCGCCGUCCCCCGCCGCCCCGGGCCCCUCGCCGCCCGCGCGCCUCUUCAGCGUCGACAGCCUGGUGAGCCUGCAGCCCGAGCUGGCGGGACUGAUGGCCCCCGAGCCGCCCUGCUGCGCCGCGCCCGACGCCAGCGCCGCUUUCCCGCCUUGCCCGGCCGCCGCACCCCCACCGCUCUACUCGCAGGCCCCCGAGCGCCUGGGGCUGCCCCCGGCGCGGCCCGGGCCCGGCCCCGGCCCGCUUGCCGCUGAGCCUCUGCUGGCCUUGGCGGGGUCGGCAGCCGCGCUCGGCCCGCUCAGCCAGGGGGACGCCUACCUGCGGCAGCCGGGCUACGCGCCGGGCCUGGAGCGCUACCUGUGAGCCCCUUCGCCACCGGCCGGAGCAGCCUGAGGGCCCCUCUCCCGCAGGACUGGGGCACUGCCUGUGAAUGCCCCCUCGCUCUGCCCUCUUGGCUCGGAGAACUGCUCUGAGCUCCCCAUUUCUGCCUCUUGGACUGAGCACACCUGUUUCAUCUUUGUUCCGCAUCUCUGGGGAGACUCCCACCAUAUCUUCACAGGACUGAGCCCCCGACCCCUACUCGGGUUUGUGAGCCCCUUAUUUCUUCUCCCUCCACUAGGAGUCCCCGUCUGUGCACUCUGCCAGCGCUGUUAGGGGUCCCAUGUCUAGGAGCUGGGUUACCACCAAUGAGCCCCAAUCCCAGGUUGCUGGUGCAUUCCAAGCCCUGGGAAGCCGGACUGAGAUCUCAAGCCACCUCCUCUACUGGUUCCUUAUUUCUUCAACCUUUCCUCGUGUUCUUACAACUUAUUAGGGGUCAGACUCCCAGGCUCAUGACUCUCUUGCUGUCUUCCCUUCAUUUCCCCGCAGGGUUGUCCCUCCCAUCCCCGCCCACCUGAGGCAAUUUCUUACUGGGAAAGAACUCUCCUUCCACAUAGACACACUGGUAGUGCUGCUCCAGACCCUGAGGACAGUUCGAGAUUUCUGAGGCAAGCAGCACCAGGAACUCCUGACUGAAAGGGGAGUUAGUUUGGUUGACCAUUAUCUGGAUAACUUAG